AAUAAAUUAUCAGCUAAUUUGUAUCAUAAUUCCGGAAACAAAGUUAAAAUGAAGGUAAUCUUUAGGUUAUUAUUUUAAUACUUCCUGAUUGUUUAAUUCCCUUAGGUUCAAUUUCAGAAACUACAACAAAUAGUCAACAUUCAAACCACGCAACGAAAAAUCAUUUACAUUUCAAUAGUGCACACGUACUGCUAUAUGGCAAUAAGCCACCUAAACGAUGCUUUUCGCUAUUCCCACGUUGCUACAAUGGCACAUUAUUUCUACAUACUGACGACGUAUAGUUUUUACAUAAUUUAUUCAUUUUCCGUUGAAGUAAUGCGCGAAAAAAUAUAUUUUGAGUUGGUAAUGAUUUUGAUUAUAGUUAUUUACAUUUCCUAUGUCAUGUACAUUUGUGAGGAAAUUAAGCAGGAAAGUAACCUGAUGUCUAGGAACAUCCAUAUUACAAACUACAAUAAAACUCUACCCUUAGGCAAUAAAGAGAUUGGAUUAUACUUAGAACUAGUUUCACAACAACUUUUGCACCAGCAAUUGAAUUUGCAUGCAAACUCUUUUUUCAAUAUUGACUUAAAAUUCCUUAAUUUGAUGGUUGGAGCUGUAACUACAUACCUAGUUAUUUUGCUGCAAUUCAAUGCGUAA